AGAAAUUAUGAUGUAAAUUUUAGUUAUAUCAAACAUUGGUUGAUUUUUUCUUUGUGCUGUUUAUUGAGGUUUUUGUAUUCAAUCAGCUGAUAAAUUGCUACAUCAGAUGAAAGAUUAUCCAAAGGAAAACCAAGCAUGGCCAACUGUGGCAGCCGAAGUGCUCAAAACUCCUUAUUUUACCAAGCAAUAGAAGCUGUCCUGGGUGGCUGGACAGCACUGCAGCUUGCUGUUCAACAUGGCUUUGGUGGCCUCCACAGUGAGGAGAAAGCUCGGUGGAUGGUUGCUGUGAUAGAACAGUGGUUCCUCGAAAACAAUGGAAUAGAGACCUAUGAACUUGAGGACUUUAUUGCUGAAAUUAUGACUUCAGAAUUUGAUACUGUUACUGAUGACAACAGUAUACCAGAGGUUGCAAAAUCGAUCUGUGGGUAUUUCCGUCUGUAUCAAGAUGGCAAGGGGGAUGAGAUCAGGAGCCAGCUGCCACAACUACCGAAAGCGAAUCUAGAUCUGUGCAAGCAAGAUGUGUGUCACGAUGAAGACAUGGAUGAAAGUCCAGACCCCAGUGAGGUUGCAAAUCAUAUGCAGCAUUUACAUUUGAAUCACAGCAAUACUGGGCAGCCGACUCCUCCUGGUGAUGAUGACAUGGGGGAAGAUAAACCGGAUCAAAAGCCAGAGGAGGAUGACGGGUGGCAAUGUGUUAAACGCAAAGGCAAAAACAGAUGAUAAUCGGACAUUCAGCUUUAAUUUAUGAACCUUGACUUAGCGUUGCUGUGCUUUUACUGUUAAGAAUGCCUAUCAGAGAGAAGAUAGGAAGAGCUCUGAAUGUUAUGUGGAUCAUUGAUGCCCUCUGUAUCCUGACCUCUGUCUACAACUUUUGGAAGUUUUCUGUAGGUGCAGAAUGUAACCAUAGGGUUGUGAGAAUGAUACUGAAUAAUACAUUAUAGACAAUGAUAUAAUCGAGUGACACGUAUGAAUAUUUGUCCCUAUGUCUGCAGUAGUCCUUCCUACACCAAAACAAGAAUUUACAAGCCAAAGCAUGUUUUGUGGUAAGUUGAAAUUCUAUAUCUGCAUAUCUUGUAGAUUUUUGUUUCAGUUUAUCAAUGUUUCACAUUUGAAUAUGGAAAAGUAUUUAAAAAGUGCAAUAUGACUUCAAGUCAGGAUCAAAUUGAGUUUGGCUAUUGUGGUCACUACUCUCUUUGUUUUGGAAGGGGUAGAACUACUGCAGACAACUGAUUUGUUUAAAAGGUUUAUAUCUUGGGUCACUACAGAUAUAUCCUGUCAUUACUUUAUUAACUCUAUAUUGUUAUGGAACUGCCCAGUUGUUCGCUGAAUUAAGAAUUUUAGUAAAUGCUAUGAAUACAUAUUUUCAAAAUUUGUUUUUAAUGUUACCAAGAAUAGAGAAGACUAAAGGCCUUCCUCCCCUUUCCCAUCUCAUGCUGCUUAUCCCACAAAAUCCUUUAUCACUUCAUACCACAACUUUCCAAAGUUCCAAGUUCAAAAGCUUUUUACAUGAUAGGCAGUGUAGAAUUUGUUGUAGAGUGGUGGAAGGCCUUAGUAUACAUAUUCUUGGUCAUUAAUGUUGGAACACUGAGCUUAUGGUCAACUGACUAGCCUGAACAUCUUCAGGGACCAUGCACUAGAUGAUGGGAACCUACAUCUAACUUUGGCAAGCAAACUUCAUAUCAAUUCAUCAUAAGAAUGGCGGCAAAAUUACUCUGAAAAUUGCAGUCAAAUACUCCAAAGCGUUAUUCUUGCCAU